UGCCUUCCCCAUCUCCAUUUCUUUUUUAAGGUUCUCUACCACCCACCUUCUUUCUCAUCUACUCAACAAAAAUGUACUAAGUGCCUACUCGUGUGGCAGGCCCUGUUCUAAGCCCCAGGGAUCUAGUUGUCUACUGCAUCUAGAACUCUCCACCCUCAGUUCUCAGCUAUUUCUCCUGAACUACAGCGUUGUCCUCGGUCUCUGUCAAGAUACCAUCCCUCCUUUCAGCUCCUUGGAGCUGUAGAUGCCCUAAGCAUGUCUCUCACGGUCCUGCCUCUCUGUGCCCGGCUCAAAUCUCUCUCUCCCUCCUUUCUCCCUCAAACUUUGGCCGGCUGCCGGCCGACACCACGAGUUAUUUCCCUGCUAUUUCCCAGCCCGGGCUCUUGGCCCCUGAACAACUGGUUUCCUCUUGGAGUCUGGGAGGAGCAGAGAGAAGCCGGCAAGGAAAGAACCAGGAUCAGGGGGACGCCGAGGGCAAGGGGCGCCGGGCGGGAGAGAAGCGCAGGGAAGGCAGCAGGGGUCAAGCAGAGGGUCCAGAGUGGCAAGCGUCCCGAAGGAGGCCAGAGAGAAGCGAGCAGCCCCUCAGAGCCAGGAGAGGGACGACCAGAGGCACCCGGCGUCCGGGCUCCGCGUGCCAGCGCCAUGAGGCCGCUCCUCGCCCUGCUGCUCCUGGGCCUGGCGGCCGGCUCUCCCCCGCUGGACGACAACAAGAUCCCCAGCCUGUGCCCGGGGCACCCCGGCCUUCCCGGCACGCCGGGCCACCACGGCAGCCAGGGCCUGCCCGGCCGCGACGGCCGCGACGGCCGAGACGGCGCGCCUGGGCCUCCGGGAGAGAAAGGAGAGGGCGGGAGGCCGGGCCUCCCGGGGCCUCGUGGGGAGCCCGGGCCAAGAGGAGAGGCGGGCCCCAUGGGGGCGACCGGGCCUGCGGGCGAGUGCUCGGUGCCUCCGCGCUCCGCCUUCAGCGCCAAGCGCUCCGAAAGCCGAGUGCCCCCGCCGUCGGACGCGCCCCUACCCUUCGACCGAGUACUGGUGAACGAGCAGGGACAUUACGACGCCACCACCGGCAAAUUCACCUGCCAGGUGCCUGGAGUCUACUACUUCGCCGUCCACGCCACCGUGUACCGGGCUAGCCUGCAGUUCGAUCUGGUCAAGAAUGGCGAGUCCAUUGCCUCUUUCUUCCAGUUCUUUGGGGGGUGGCCCAAGCCAGCCUCGCUCUCCGGGGGCGCCAUGGUGAGGUUGGAGCCUGAGGACCAGGUGUGGGUACAGGUGGGAGUGGGUGAUUAUAUUGGCAUAUAUGCCAGCAUCAAGACAGACAGCACCUUCUCUGGAUUUCUAGUGUAUUCUGACUGGCACAACUCCCCUGUCUUCGCUUGAUACCCACUGGAAAAUGAGCGCAUGCUCUCUCACUCCUAGGAGAAGAGAGUGUGACAUUGAUGGCCACAUAAUCCGGGAGGGCUGGCCCCCCUGGAAUGUUGUGAAUGACUGCGGAGGUGGGGUGGGGCUUCUCCAUUCUGCUGCCGACAGGGAAUGAGGACAGAGGCUGAGAUCAGGGCUGGCAGCGUGGGGCAGUGGCUGGAUUUCUGCCCUAGACCAAAGGAGAGCGCUGUGCUGGCAGGUGUGGGUCCCUCCAGUUGCUCUGACCCAGGACCCCAAGGUGGGGUAUUCUUUCCUGGUCCUCUGCUUCUUUGAGUCCUCUCUUAUCCCUCCUGCUCCUGGGCCCUUUUCUCAGAGAUUAUUCAAUAAAUCU